AUAAUACGUAAGGGGAGGAAGAAUAUUAUUUUCAACUGCAUAAGCGAAACUUAAAUAAUAUUUGUAUUCUUUUGGAACUUGAUUAUAAUUGCUGAAUAACCGAACCGAUAUGCCCAGAAGCAAAGGGUAUUAACACAUCAAAGCAGGCAUGACACAUUUAUGCAGCCCUGGCUCCGAUCAGCUGUCUUAAAAUUACGGCGCCUAAAAAUCAAUCACAGGGAAAGCAACAAUUGUAUUUGAUAAGAUGCACAAAAGAUUUCGGAUAAUAGCCGAUCAAACAGUUAUUGCAGAUGGCAGCAGCAGCAGCGAGGAUGCUAGCGGAAAUCAUCAAAGGAUCAAAUCACUCGUGCGUAGGAAAUAUGUGCGGCAGAAGCGUACAAAAACCGUUGAGUUAGAUAUUUCCGAUACGAGCAGCGAUGAGGAGCCUAACAGUCAAGAUAAUUUGGGCCAGGAGAACCGAAAGUGGCUUGCAAAUCUCAAGAGAUACAGCAGCGAUCACAAACCGCUGCCAUUGACACCACAAAAUAAGUUCCAGCCGUUGUCGCUGUCCGUAAGUGUCAAGCCACCGUCUCCAACUUUACGCACUAAUUCAUUUGAUACGGCCAACUGUUCCACGGUCAUUCCUGGGGAUCCUCCAGCCACAUGCCGAGCAGCGUGGCACAGCUUUAGGCUGACACUUUCAGCACUAAAACGCGAUCGCCAGGGCGUGCUUCGGGCAUCGACUAGCAAUCAGGGAUCUAUGGAUGAAUCGCUGCUGGACUGCACGCUAAACACAUCAAUAGAAGCUAAUCUGGAGACCAUGAUUGACACGCAGCAAACACCGAACAGCUCCAGAAAAGUGGCCAAAAAGAAGCAGCGUUGCAUUAAAGGUGGGCAUUUAUAUGAAUUUAAGCGAAUGAUUCUCAAGGAGCGCAUGGAUCGCCGCAGUCUGGCGCACAACCAGCGUCUGGGCAUUAGCUCAGGCCAACGAGUGCGUGUGCUGAGCAUACAUGAAUCCUUUGGUUGUCACAUGGCACGAGUGCAGGACGAAACGGAGGAUAAGGCCAUUUUUAACAUUAUACUCUCGCCCAGCAUGUCACCAAGCGUGGGCGCCACGCUAGAGCUUUAUUUUGAUCUAAAGCCGGAAACGGCGCUGCAACUGCCAAAUAAGGAGCUAGUUUACGUACAGCCAAAUAAAUUAGUUUUAUUAUAAGUACACACAAACUUAAGACUAAUUAGGGAAUACUGUGUAAAUGCAUUAGUAUAAAGUAGAAA